AUGUAAAAUAAUAACAGCUUCGAAUACUAAUCAAGUCAAGGUAAAAGAGAAAUUAUGCUCUAGUAAAUUAUCUUGGAGCAAAAAUAGAAGAUUAGAGAUCUAGAAUUACAAACACAAAAACAAUAAACACCUCCAAUGUAUAAACAAUAAUUAUUGGAAUGCACAAAUCAAUUGGAGGAAAGCAAGAACAUAAUUAAACAACUCCUGCAAUAGAAAGAUCAAUUGACUCAAAAAAUACAAACAAUUGAAUCUGAAAUGGAAGUGCAAUAAAGUCAAGCUGUCUAAGAAAUACAAAAUCAAUACAAUCAGAGAAUCAAACAAUUGCAACACGAAAAUCAAUUAUUGCAAGAAGAAUUGCAACAGUUCUAACCAUUAUCUAAAGCAUUAAAUAAUUAUACUCAAGAAGAGAAGUACAUCUAAUAAAUCAACAUUUUAUACGAUUUCUUAACUUAAUGGCAGAAAUAGAAUAUGUCAGAAUUAGUUUAUUACAAACGAGAAUUAGAAAUACAAAUAACCUAAAAAGAAACAUUAAAUUCAAAGCAUAUCGAAGAAAAGAAGGAACUCACUACUCAAUUGAAUUAGAGAAUUAAAUUGGAUCAACAAAUUUAAAAUGAUGUCAUACUUCAAUUAUAAGCCACUCUUCAAGAAAUAUCCAAAUUCCAAAAUGAAAUUAAAUAAUUUAAGCUUUUCAAUGGCAAUUAUCAAAAGAUAGAAGAAUCUCUCCUUCAAUAAAUUGAAAAUCUUAAACCAAUCUCAACUAUUCAAUAAGUUUAAUAGAUUAAAUCUAAUCAAUCUCAAUAUACUACAAAAAUUGAGAACAAUCAGUAGGAUGAUCAAAUUGCCUAUCUGAGAUCAGAAAAUGAAUAAUUAAAAUAAGCAACUGAUGACAUCAAAUCGUUAUCCUUACUCAGAGAGAAAACAUUAAAAUAGGAGAUACAAAGAAACAAAGACAAAUGUGAAUAUCUCACUUAACAAAUCGAGAGUAGAGAGAAACAUUACAUUUAAGAUUUACAGAAAAUUAAACAAUAUAUUGAAUAAAUAGAGAAGAAUUAUGAAUCAAGGGAAAAUUUCUAUAAAUUUAAUAGUGAAGAACUCUAAUCAUUACUUGACAAUUUCAGGAAUAUCACAUAAUAGAUUUCAACAGAAUUAAGAAGCAGAAAAGGCAAUGAACACAUUAAAGAAUGUAAGGAUUUAUUGGCAAAGUUGGUUCAAAGUAAAUCAAAAUAACCCAAACAAAUUAAAAGUUUAGAAAAAUUAGAAACUAUUUGUAAAGAUUUAUUGAAAAAUUAAUAAUUAAUCAAACAAAAUGAAGAUCUAAAGGAUUUAAUCAUAGAUGUUAGCAAGCAAAUUUUGAAUUCACAAGAGUACAAACAAUAAACCAUUAUUUUGUUUGAAGCCCUUGAUCAAUUAGAAGGCAUUAUCACUAGUCCUAAUAAACGGGUUGAUGAUUUGCUGGAUUUAUUCCACAAAGAAUUACAAUAGCUAACCAAAUUAAGAGAAUAGACUUAUCAAAAUAAUAAUAUUUACACAUAGAUCUUAGAAAUCAUCAAAGAAAAAUAAGAUAGCCCAACAGUAUAAGCUAGCAAUUAAAAAGAAGUGGAACAUAUUUCUUAAUUGAGAUAAUUGGAAUAAGAACAAUAUAAAAAAGAAAUCGAUAUUGCUAUUAAUCGAAGUCAAAAGCUAUUGGAAGUGCAGGAGAUGAAGAUUAAGAAUCUUGAGUACUAGAUAAGGAAGUAGGAGCAAUAUAUUAAUUAAUAAUAUCAAUCAACAUCAUCUUAGUAGACUGAAAUGGAUGCAUUGAUUAAGCAGCAAAAUAAGUAAAUUAUUAAAUUAUAGAAACAAUUAAAUGAAAUCCAACAGCAAAGAGUCUAAGAUAAAAAGGACCUGAUUAAACUUAUAUAAGAUAGCGAAGCCAAACAAAUUGAGAAUUAAAAUAAGAUGUUAAAAUUAAUAGAUGUAAAAUAUAAUACCAUUGCUGAUAUUGUUAAUAAGAAAGUGAACAAAUUAAUUAAACCAGAAAAAGUUUAAAAUAAUGAGGAACAAUCAAAAAUAAUACAAUAAGAUACUAAUUCUCAGAUUAAAUAGUUGAUUAAGAAGGAUCAAGAGAGAGAUCAACAAUACUAAUCAUAAUUAGAGUAACUAAGACAAGUGAUUGAUGAAUUAAAAAAUAGCAUCUAGAAUCUUCAUGCAGAAAAAGGAGAAUUAAUUUAGCAAUUGGAUGAACUUAAUAAGGUUGUGCAAACUUAAAAAAAGGUUUACUAUUCUUUUCGUUAACAAUAAUAAUGA